AUGGUGACCAUGAUACCCAAGGGGAUGACGGUCAAGACGAUCCGGAACAAACUGCCACCGCUGCGGGCAAUCGGACAGGUGGUCUUCAGAACGCGAUUCCUAUUUUUCGUCUUUCUUUCGGCGUUCAUUAUAAUACUAUGGCGGGGGUUCAGCUCCUCCGCCGCGAAUAUGCAAAAAUUUUACUGCUUUGGUCCUGCUAGGUCACCUAUGGAAAUCUCCCAAAAUGAGCAUGCGAACUGGCACGCACACCACCAGACCCCGGUGUUGUUUAACCAUCACGAGCCCUUUGAAGUUAACGCUACGACCAUCAGUCACAUUGAUUUGAACCCAAUCAAGUCCACUCGCGAUGCCGUCAAGAAUAAAGAGCGAGUGUUGAUUCUCACCCCGCUUCGCGACGCCUCAUUCUACAUCACUAGGCACUUUGACCUCCUCUCUCAACUGACGUACCCUCACGACCUUAUCGACCUUGCGUUCUUGGUCAGCGAUACCACUGAUGACACCGUGGCGAUCCUGAGCUCGGAGCUCCAGCGGAUUCAGACCAACCCAGACGCAGCAAUCCCGUUCAGAAGUGUCAUGAUCGUUGAGAAGGAUUUCGGCGUUGUGGUUGCACAGAGCGUCGAGCAGAGGCACAGCUUUGAGUUCCAAGGACCCAGGAGAAAGGCAAUGGGCAAGGCAAGGAACUACUUGCUCUCAGCCGCCCUGAAGCCCGAUCACAGCUGGGUGUACUGGAGAGAUGUGGACAUCAAGGACUCUCCAAAGACAAUCCUGCAGGACUUUAUCGCCCACGAUAAGGAUAUUUUGGUGCCCAACGUUUGGUUCCACAGAUAUGAGAACGGCCGUGACAUUGAAGGACGCUUCGAUUACAACUCAUGGCAAGAAUCCGAGAAGGGCCUUGCUUUGGCUGCCACGUUACCCAAGGACACCGUCCUCGCCGAAGGUUACAAGCAAUACGACACUGGGCGCAAGUACAUGGCCAAGAUGGGUGAUUGGCGCAACAACAAGGAUGAGGAGAUAGAGCUCGAUGGUAUUGGUGGUGUCAACAUUGUUGUAAAGGCCGAUGUUCAUCGUUCAGGAGUCAAUUUCCCUGCCUACGCUUUUGAGAAUCAAGCCGAAACGGAAGGAUUCGCAAAGAUGGCUAAGCGUGCUGGAUACCAAGUGAUUGGUCUGCCAAACUAUGUCGUCUGGCACAUUGACACGGAGGAGAAGCCCGGAAACUUGGGCAGACGACCGGCAUAA